UCGUCUUCUUGAUUUUCUUGUAGAGCGUUUGUUAUCUAGACUCACCAAUCCUAUCCAGAGAGCGAUACCAUCUGUUAUAAAAUACUCCACUACUGAUUGGACGGUGUAUCAUUCUCAAUGGAUCUCUGCAAUUUCCUUCUCUAUGCCAUUUCUUCUUAUGUUUUCAUCCAUGUAUUGGUUGUUUAUGCUCUGAAGAGUUCCUCUUCCAAGACCAAUCUCCCACCAGGUCCCAAAGGCCUCCCUCUAGUGGGAAACCUCUUGAUGCUAGGUAACAGGCCACAUGAGUCACUGGCUAAUCUAUCCAAGAACCAUGGCCCCCUCAUGACACUCCAUCUCGGCUGCUUGACCACUGUAGUGGUCUCAUCGGCCGAGAUGGCUAGGGAGGUCCUUCAGAAAAAUGACCACACCUUCUCUGGUAGGAUCGUCAUAGACGUUGCUUCGACCUUAUCUCACCUUGAGGGUUCAAUGGUAUUUGGCCAGCUAGGCCCACACUGGCGGACGCUCCGUAGGAUAUGCAACACUCAAUUGUUCAAUCCUGCAAAGCUGGAUGCACUUCAAGGCCUUCGACGAAGGCAAAUCAAACAGAUGAUAGAGCACUUGCACGAGAGCUAUGCCGCAGCGCGUGCCAUUGAUGUGGGCCGGUGUGCCUUCACAACAGUUUUGAAUUUGAUUUGGAACAUGAUGUUCUCAGUCGAUCUGGUGGACCACAAGUUAGGAUUAGCACAAGAAUUGAAGGAUUUGGUGUGGGAGUUGAUGAAGAUAGGUGGGACACCCAAUCUGGCCGACUUUUUCCCAGUGCUGCAACCUAUUGAUCCUCAAGGAUUACGCCGUCGCACUUUCAAGUGUUUCACAAAGCUCCAUGCCAUUUUUGACGACAAGAUCAAUCAACGCCUACAAUCAAGAUCAUCACCAUCGCAAUUUCCAAGAACCAAUGAUUUGUUGGAUGUUCUUCUAGAUUAUUGUGAAGACAAUGGCUCGGAUUUCAGACUUGAACACAUUAAACCAUUAUUUCUGGACAUUUUCACGGCAGGAACUGAAACAAGUUCAACCACAAUAGAAUGGACAAUGGCUGAGCUGCUUCGCAACAGGCAUGUACUGGCAAAGGCCCAAUCAGAAAUCAAUGAGAUCAUAGGUCGAGAGCAGGCUGUGGAUGAGUCUGAUAUUGCUCGACUCCCUUACUUACAAGCAGUAGUGAAGGAAACACUGCGGUUGCACCCACCAGUUCCAUUUCUCAUACCUCAUAGAGCCGACGCGACGGUAGAACUUGCCGGAUUUACAGUGCCCAAGCACAGCCAAGUGCUCAUCAACACGUGGGCUAUUGGUAGAGAUGGCCAUGUUUGGGAGGACCCACUUUCAUUUUACCCAGAGAGAUUCUUGGAGUCUCGUGUAGACUUCAGAGGACACGAUUUCCAGUUCAUCCCGUUUGGGGCGGGCCGUCGUAUCUGUCCAGGUAUGCCUCUAGCAGUUCGCGUUGUUCACCUGAUUCUAGCUUCCUUUCUCCAAUCCUUCGAUUGGAAGCUUCCAGAGGGAGUGACACCGGAGUGUUUGGACAUGCAAGAGAAGUUAGGAAUCACCUUAAAUAAGGUUACCCCUCUUCUUGCCAUCCCCUGCAAAUUUGGUUCUACCACUUGAAAGCUCAAAUGUAACAUUAGUAAUUGUAUUGCAAGGGUGUGUUUGGAUGCACUAUCGAAUCAUAUUGCAAUAAUAAGUCUUCGCUAAGUGGAAACACUUUCCAUACUUUGGCAUUUACAUCCAUGCACUAGGCUCGAACUUGCAAUUACAUUAAUCCUGGAUACUCACAAUUCAAUUCGCUUGUGCAUCCAAACACAGAUGCACAAGUCAAUUGAAUUACAAUAUGGUUAUUUCCACUUUCUUAGACUAAUUUAUUUCAAUUCAAUUCUAUAAAGCAUCCAAACGCACCCUUAAGCAUCAAUUGGUAUAUUUAUCCUACCUUGUACUGAUGAUGUAAGUGAGAUGUCUCUUCGAUUAAGAUUAGAUUAAGGGAUGUAAAACCUUAUAUUAGAGGUUGUUUUCUAUUAUGAAAAAUACUCCGGUGCUCUCAGA